AUGAGGCUGCUCGUCUCCUCCAAAACUCGGGCUGAAGCUGCUCUAGGCCCCAAUCUUGGCUCAGGAAUCUCCGGCGCGAAGACCGAGGGAGACAUACUUUCUCCCGUCACGUUGCCAUGUGGACUCACUGUACCCAACCGCUUUGCGAAGGUGGCCCUGUACGAACAUCUGGCCGCAAUAUUCGGUGGUCCGCCGAAUGUCCGCCACUACGCGCUUUACUCCAAAUGGGCCCAAGGGAACUGGGGAAUAGUAAUGACUGGGAACGUCCAGAUUGACAGGAAUCAUCUCUCCUUGGGAAGAGAUAUCACUAUACCCCGAGUUCUCACCAGGGACACAGUUCGACCGUUUGAAGAGCUGGCACAGAGUAUUCAUGGUGCGGACACUGAAAAUAGGCCGUUGGCGAUUCUACAGCUGUCCCAUGGUGGAAGACAAUCUCCAAAUAUUAUUGGCGGGAGAUGGCCCUUCGUGUCGCCGUUAGCUCCCAGCGCAUCACGGCUGAACCUAGACUCCGAAUCACCUGCAUGGACGGUAUCUGGUUUGAUAUCUCGGUUUUUCUACCAAACGCCACGAGCGAUGUCCUUGAAAGACAUCGAAGACGUAGUUGAAGCAUUCGUACGCAGCGCUAAGCUAGCUGUGGGCGCUGGCUUCGAUGGUAUAGAGCUUCAUGCAGCACAUGGGUAUCUCCUAGCUGAGUUCAUCUCACCUCAGUCCAACUUACGGACAGACCAGUACUCUGCCUCAGCCAACCCUUUGCGCCUAUUGCUGCAAAUAGCCACAGCUGUCCGCGAAGUGGUACCUUCGGAAUUCGCGCUAGGCAUCAAGCUCAACGCGGCGGACUACGCUCAUGGUGCCGCGUCCGACGAGACGCUUGUCCUCCAACAUGUGCGCGAGAUUGCAAACUGGAGGAUGAUAGAUUUCAUCGAAGUAAGCGGUGGUACAUAUGAGCGUCCAGAGUUCAUCACAGGCAGCCUGGGGUCGAAGCGACAAGCUAUCUUCUCCCGGUUCUCCCGGUUAGCGCUUCAUGAGCUCGAGCAGUUGCAAGAGACAACUCCGGGUCUGCAGCGACCUCUUAUUCUCUUAACCGGCGGCCUCUCCUCUGUCGACCUCAUGGAAUCUGCCCUGCGCCACAAGCAUGCUGACCUCCUAGGGAUUGGUCGGCUAUCCAUCCUCAGUCCACGUCUGCCGCGCGCGCUGAUGGAAUCCCCUCGAGAACAACGAUACCUCGAACCGUCACCUCCGGUAUCUGACAUCAAACCCUGGGACAUGGAACCGCUGUACUCCCCGACCUCGUGGUACACCGUCGAGAUGAUUGCACUCGCUCCGAUCAUCUAUCUCUGGAGCCUCACCCCGAAGUUCCUCAAGCCCCGAUUCCCUCGAUAUAUAGGAGCCGGCCUUGAAGUGUCGUGGUAUACAGUUGCCAUGCGCAAUCUCGCGGCGGCGGAGGCUCCGGACUACCGGAGAAUUUACGCAGGAUCCGGUUUAGGAGCUUUUGUUCGGAUGUGGUUCUACGCUGCUCCAGGUGGCGGGCCGUGGUUUUGGCUCUUUGUUGCCAUGCUCUCUGCGACGGCCGCGGUCGGUGUUGCCUUCAAGUUCCUAACACCUAGCCUUAUAUCUCGUGGCUGCGCUUACAACUCAUUCAAUUUCGAUUCGCAGAUGCUCCUGUGCCUCCAGGCACUUUUUUAGGCACGACAUGCCGAUCCAAAAACUUUGCGUCUUUUGUUGUCGUAAAAUCUUACGGGGUGUUUCAAAGAAGUCGCCUGUUGUACGUCUCUGCUGGGUGGAGUGCGUUCAAUUGUCAGAAGGACUCAAUCGCGGCACGUACCUU